CGUCGUGUCCUCGACACACAAUGACGGUUGGCACGAGCGAGCUGCCUUGUGGUCCGGCAGGGAAGGAGGUGUUGUGGCUGCUUGCUGUGCAAUGAAUGCAGUACAACGACGAGAGGCAGCUGCUAUUGCGGCCACUUGUUCAAUUUUGUCUCUGCAUCGAAAACACUAUCAAGAUCUUGGAAAGUAGUACUAGCCUCCCGAGAGGUCCGACAAGGCGCAAGAAGAUCACCUGCCACCAGCACGGAG